UAGCCACGUGACCAGUGUUGAUGAAGUGGGGCGGGGAAAGAUUUCUGAGAGGGGACGCCACAGUUGGAAAGGUGGUCGAGGUCUGUGGCUGGCGAACGUUCGUCAGUCGCCGCCAGCCGUCCGCCGCACAAUGUGGUCCGUAACAGCAGCUCCACUGCCGCAGACAUUCUGCGUACUGUCGGUGUUACUGCUGCUGACAGUGUGCGUACAGUCGGCCGACCACCAGCCGCACAAGGGAGGCCUGAUCGGCGCCCGUAAACUGGCGACUGCGUCCGAUUGCGCCGGUGCAGUCGCCUUCAGUGGCACCGGGACACGCACCGUGCUGCCGUCCGGUGUCCUCAGCUACCGACACGCACUUGUCGACCGCGGAUUCGGCUGGAGUCGCGACACCGGAGAGUUCACCAUUCACUGUCCCGGACUCUAUCAGCUCGCCUUCGCCGGCUACUCCCACGAUCCUAACACUAGGUUGACACUAAAAAAGAAAAUGGCUAACGAAUCGGACUGGGAAAACGUUGUGUCAGUGGGAAGUUCCACCAAUGGAGGAGGAUCGAACGUGAUUCUGCUGAACUUGGAGGUAGGUGACCAGACCGCCGUCUAUGUGGAGGCUGGCAAAUUCGAGGACGACAACGAUGAGACAUCACCAGCAACCAGCUUCAGUGCAUUCAGGAUAAUUAAGAAAUAAGACUUCACCGAGAUUUAGCAGGCUUAAAAAUCAGCUAAGAUUCAACAGGCUCAAUAAUUCAAUAGCCUAAGCAUAGAAUAAACGAUCUAGAUUGUUUAUUCUAUGGCCUUAGCGGUGUUCCUCCCUGGAAACAAUGUAAAUAGGGAGAAUCUAUCCUUUGUCUGGAAAACUCAGCUAUUCCAUUUUUGGAUCUAAAAGAUGUAAGCAACACUCAAAAUCGCAACGCUCUUCGUAAUAAAGGAGGAGAUAUUGUUACUCUAUAAAAUAUUAAUUUUAAUAAAUAUAGGCUAUUGAUAAAGUCUUCAAAAUUCAAAUCUAUCUUUGUUAUAGUUUGUCGAAUCAAUUAAUGCAGCAUUCAAGUCAGAAAUGUCUUUAUGUAUUUUUCGUUGAUAUGUUAUAUUCUGAAAAAUGCAAUGUUCAUGCUCGAGUACAAGUAUAAUUUGAAUGAGUUCAGUUAUUCAUAGUUGUAGAAACUUCGGUUUGAGCUCCAGGUUGUUAUUGUAAUGUUUCGAAAAAGAGUUGAUUCCUUAAAAUUUGCUAUAGUAAUCAAUACUUAUAUGAAUGUACAUAAAUGUUUGAUAUUAUUUUCAACAGACAAUCGGGAAAAGUAUAAUAAUUUCAGGAACUUUGAUAGAGAAAAUGAAAGGUAAAGACAUCAACUUUCUCAUAUUAGCACAGAAACUGUUAAUGAGUUCGAGAAUGAAGAAUACUAUCAAAAGAAGCCAAUUCCUUAGGAAUUGGGGAGAAAUAAUUAUACGAGUACAUACUGUUGUAAGGCUGCUAUUGUUUGUACAGGCUGCUUCUUCAUCGGUUAAAAACAUCUAAUAUGUUUAAGCUGCUUUGAAGAACAAUAAAUAAAUAUUUAUCUCUGUUAAACAACUGAAUUCCCAAAUAAGAACUAUGAGUAAUAUGAAUACUGACUCGGUAACAAUAUAUAGGGAUUGGAUAAAUUACUGUACAGCAAAUACUCAAUAAUGCAUUGUGCAUGGAAUAAUGUGUUCUUGAAAGUUACCAUGAUAUAUUGAUAUCACCAUUAUAUUGAAGUCCCAUUGAAGUAACAUUCACAAAUAAUUUGAUGAAUCUUGAAACAAAUGCUUAUGCUCCAUUUAUGACAUUACCUACGCUUAUUACUAUAUUGAACUCUCAUUAAAUACUAUAUCAAUGAUCUUAACACAACCCGCCUUGUUUGUGAUACUAUAAAAAACUUAUUAGAUGUUUAGAAUUUUAGAUAUUGAUAGAUUAGCUUAGAUAACUAGUUUUGAAACUAUUAUGGUUUCAAUGUGUGUAGAUAAAACACAAUCAUAUUAUAUGAAAGUACAUGACGCUAGAGCACCUUCUAUCAGUUGAUUACGAUAAUAGCAUUGCUAUUUAUGCUCAUUAUUUGUAAAAUACUAUGUAUAACUGAUGAAUAGUACUGUUUGCAAAAGAAAGAAAUUGGCCAUUGUGAUAGAAAAAUGUAGAGUUAGAAUGGAAUUCAAUGAUCUUCACAAGUAUACCUACCGUAGAUUGGAAACUCAUUAUUAAUAUUAUUCUAUUAUUUUUUUAUUAAUUUUGUACUAUCUAGAGUAGACAUUGAGUAACUACCGUAGUAAAAAGUAGAAACUACUUUAUGAAAGAGUCUGUACAUUUAUGUUAAUAGGAAAGUUUACUACUCAAUAGGUCUGUCAUCAUAUUAUUCAAAAUCUAGUCAAUUUUAAAGCUCAUUAUAAACAGAUUUGAUACAUAUACAAAGUGAUACAAAUUUUAUACAAAUUUUAUAUUCUCUUAAAAAUUUUCAUGCAUUUUUAAAAAUUCUACAACUGUAUAAAGAUAAUCUGGAAGCGCUUGUGAUUAUUGUGUGAUAUCUCAUAGAAUUUUUGAAUGUUAGUUCUCUCCUAUUGAUGAAGGGAUUUUAUAAUUUUAAUAAUUUGAAUUCAAUAUUGUUCAGUUGGAAGAAUAUAUUGAAUUAACAACUUGAAUGGGAACAGUUUUACUAAUCAGUUCCAGAAAUAAAAUUGAAAUCAACAGAAUAUAAAACCGAUUCCAAUAUUGAGGAGACCUUGAAGCAUGUAGCACUAUUAUAAUUACUCUCUAGUAGAAUCUCAACUCUCUGAUUUCAAAACCUCAUUAAAUUCUCAUAUUUUCUUAAUCUGCUACUGUGCCGUCUUCUUACGUCAAUCAUCUUUACUAUUUAAUUUCCUUUCACUUCUGCAGCUGUUGCAAAAUCAUCCCAUCAAAUUUCUUCUCAUUCUUUUACAAUUUGUAUCUAUAUCUUCCGUCUCUAUACUUUACAUUUUUUUUAGUAAGAACUCUUCAGUAUGCAUAUCAAGUAUAUAAACUAUAUAUCUGUAGACUCCAUGAGACCACAAUAAAAAUAAAUAACAUGCAUGUAUUUCUGAGCAUGAUAAAAUUACUUGUUACUACACUCUUCUAAAUGUUAUCCUGUAUUUGCUUGGUGUAGGCUCACGACUAUCCUUUAUUCUAUGUAAACUUUGGACUAUUUUCAUACCUUUGUUUGUACAUCUAUUCUUGUAUUGAAUGUGUAGAUCUGUCUCAACUCUCGUAACUAUUUUUGUCUAAUAAAAUCCUCUUUUCAAUCUAAC